CAGUUGUCAAGUUGGUGCUGUUGUUUUUUGUACAAGAUCUAGCUAUAAAUCAAUUUAUGAGUCGCUUUGUGGUGCGGACAGAAUAACAGUAUCAUGAAUAGACGAAUUUAAUGAGAUGCGUCCCAGAAUUCAGCUGAGGUUUGUUGGAGAACAGAUGAAAUAUUUGGAAGAACAAAUGCAAUUGAUGGAGCCUGUUAUUGGCUUGAUGAAAAAUGCAUUAAAAAAAAGUAAGAUGUGGAUAGAAGAUAAAAAUGACAAGCCGUCUAUCACAUACAUAGAGCUUUGCCAUGAACUUGCAUCAGCAAUCACGGCCUUGUUGGAUGUAGCUUCAAACAUUUUCAGAGAAAAUGAAGAGCUUGUCGAUGUUGAUGGUAGAACGCCAUCUUUAGGUCAGGCUACUCUAGAGCCUACAAAAACAGAAACACCUGACCAAAGUGAAUCAACAGAUCAAGUGACUAAACUAGUAAAAAAUCAAGAAGAAGUAUUCACUCGACUGGGUCUUUUGGAAAACGGCGUAUCUUGUAUACAAAUUUCAAUUCAGCAAACUAAAGAAGACACGUCAGAAAUAAAACAAUGGAUAGACAAUUUUGUAACAAAACAGAGUGACAUGGGGGUAAAAAUUGAACAGUUGAUUAAAAAGCAAAAGCAGAAUUUUAAAAACCUCAGAAAACAAAUGAGUGAACAAGAUAACAAAGUAAAGGAGCUGAACCAAGAAAUUGAAAGUUUAAAAGAAAAGGAAACUAAGUCAAACAAAACACUAGAGAAACUGUCUCUAGAUAUAAAGGAAUAUGAAAACAACUUACUGACAAUAAGUAAAGAGAUGCAAGAUCACGCAGAUACAACUGAUAGAAUAACAGAAGAAAUUAAAAGACAUUCAGAACAGAUGUCUACCCUACUAGAAGAGAGUUAUAAAAUCCAGCUUAAUAUAUCAACUCAAUUAGAAAAGCACAGUCUAAUGUACAAACUCCUACAACAAAGGUUGAUGCCCAUUGACAAACUGAUUCAAAUCUUUAACCAGAACUUGGAAACAAGGGAAAAAAGAAUAACAAAGCUGGAAAAUAUUGAAGAUACUAUUUCAAAAUUGUCCAAAGAUUUUAAUCUAAUAGAGUCACGUGUAUGUAACAGAUAUGCUUGUUAUGUGGAGCUUGAUGAUCCCACACCUGUCAGUACUGGAUCAAUUAUUUCAACAUUUGGUGAAGUACGUGAAUAUAACGGUCAACAUUUUAAUCAAACAACAGGAACAUUUGUAUCACCACAUGAUGGUUUAUAUCUCGUCUGUAUAGCUCUACAUGAAUGGGGAGAUAAACGGACUGGAGUUGCUGUGAUGGCAGCAGACGAGUUUUGUUACGGUAUAGAAGUGAAAUGUGCCAACACUAGCGCUUUUGGGUCAGUGGUUGUAGACAUGAAGAAAGGUCAAGAACUUUACUUUCAAGGGUCUCAAUCAGAUCAAGGCGCAGCUUUAUCCUACCUCAGUAGUUUUACUAUCGUUAGUUUAUAGAAGGACAACAAAAAACAUGGUGGAUGGUACAUUCCUAAAACAAUAAAAUAUGUAACCAACAUGUUAAACACACGCUACCAACUUACUAUGUGUGUAGACUACAUGUUUACAAAAACUCUAAUGGUUUAUAUGUUAUUUGUUUUUCUCUCAUCUGUCUACUUUAGUUGAGCCUUGCAUCAAAUAUAAAUCAUUUUUGUUUUAUUUGAUAUGUUCAUUUUAAUUUUAAAAUUAGUACUAUACCAAACACAAACAAAUUUAACGACGCACUGUCUUAACGGCCAAGGACAACACCCCACGUGAUUAUCCCCCGGUGUUCAAGUAAGGGAGCUCAUUUUCAUUCAUUAUUGCUUUCACUGAAGUCGCGAGAUCUGUCCCUUUACCAAAUUAGGCUCGAUAACCAGAGCCAAUUACUCAUCUAGGAGAAAA